AAACUCGCCGUUAAAUGUUCUCCGGUAUGCCGACGACGACUGAACAAUCACGGCGACCAAACCAACAAUUCUUCAUCCUUCUCAUUCUCCUUCCACUUCUCUUCCCGGCAGGGGUCUUCUCCGACGAUCUUCAGUUAAUCCUCACCCUCAAGACCGCCUUUCAGAACCCUUCCGCCACCGUAUUCAAUUCAUGGGAUUCGAAAACAAACAAGCUCUGUAAUUUCACAGGAAUCACUUGCCUCCAAGAUGGCUCUGGCUCUGGCUCGGUCCAGGUUAUUGAGUUAUCGAGUCAAUAUCUCUCCGGCGUGGUACCGUUUGACUCGAUUUGCCAGCUGAAAUCAUUGGAGAAGCUCUCACUGGGUAAGAAUUCACUCACAGGACCCAUCACAGACGAAUUGAAGAACUGUGUUAAUCUCAAGUAUCUUGAUCUUGGUAACAAUUUCUUCCAAGGACCAGUCCCAGACCUCUCUAAUCUCAAUCAACUCAACUAUUUGUACCUAAACAUGAGUGGGUUUUCUGGUGCUUUUCCAUGGAAUUCAUUAUCAAAUAUGUCCAAUUUGGUUGCUCUCAGUCUUGGGGAUAACAGUUUUGAUCUUUCGCCAUUUCCGGAUGUUGUUACCAAGCUGAAGAAGUUGAAUUGGCUCUACUUAUCCAAUUGCAGCAUCGGAGGUCGGAUUCCUCCCGGAAUUGGAGAUCUGACGGAGCUGACCAAUCUGGAGCUGUCGCAGAACCAUUUGUCCGGUGAAAUUCCUAUGGAGAUAACGAAAUUGAAGAAUCUCUGGCAACUAGAGAUUUAUUUAAACAAUCUAACCGGAAAAUUGCCAAUUGGAUUAGGUAAUCUUCAAAAACUUGAAUUAUUCGACGUUUCAAGGAAUCAGUUGGAAGGGGAUUUAUCCCAAUUGAGUGAGUUGACAAAUCUGGUGAGUCUACAACUAUUUACGAACCGGUUAACAGGAGUAAUUCCGCCGGAGCUGAAUGAUUUCAAGAGGCUGGUUAAUCUGUCUCUGUAUGGAAACCAACUCACCGGUCAGCUCCCUCAGAAACUCGGCUACUGGUCUGAUUUCAACUUCAUUGACGUAUCGGAAAAUUACUUGACGGGUCCUAUUCCACCGGAUAUGUGUAGGAAUGGAAAAAUGAGAAAGCUUCUUAUUCUUCAGAACAAAUUCUCCGGCAACAUUCCGGCGACAUAUGCUAGCUGCACAUCCAUGACGCGUUUACGCGUCAGCAACAACUCUCUUUCAGGAGUUGUUCCCACCGGAAUUUGGGAGUUGCCGAAUGUGGGUCUGAUCGAUAUUGCUCUGAAUGCAUUUGAGGGUCCAAUUUCAGACGGGAUCGGAAAAGCAGAGUCUUUGGAGCAGUUAUUGGUAGGCAAUAAUAAACUAUCCGGCCAAGUUCCGUCAUCAAUUGCAAACGCAGCUGAAUUGGUGGAAAUUGAUCUAAGCGAUAACCUGUUCUCAGGUGGAAUUCCGGCGACAAUCGGGCAAUUGCAUAAGCUAAGCAGUCUUCUUUUGCAGAACAACAAAAUUUCUGGUUCAAUUCCGGAAAGCAUUGGUUCUUGCCUUUCUUUAUCUAACGUAAACAUGGCUGGUAAUUCAAUCUCCGGCAAAAUACCAUUAUCUAUUGGCUCGCUCCCGGUUCUGAAUUCGCUGAACUUGAGCGGAAAUCGUCUCUCCGGCAACAUUCCAGACACCCUUUCACCUCUCAAACUUAGCCUACUCGACCUUUCCCAUAAUCAGCUCUCUGGACCAAUCCCGGAUUCCCUUUCGUCUGGCAGCUUCGCCGGAAACAAUGGCCUCUGUAGUCAGAAAAUUAACGGAUUCCGACACUGUUCUUUGUCGGAUACCAAUGGCCUCAACAGACCGAAAGUGAUAAUUAUCAUACUUUCUAUAGCAAUAUUUAUCGGACUUUUGCUUCUUUCAAUCCCCUGUUAUUCGUACAUGAAGAAGAAAAGAGGUCAAAAACUUCUAACCCGAUCCCUGAAAGAAGAUUCAUGGGAUGUGAAAUCAUUCCAUCGGAUAACAUUUACAGAAGACGAAAUUCUCGAUUCAAUCAAGCAAGAGAAUCUCAUCGGUAAAGGAGGAUCAGGAAACGUAUACAAGGUUUCAUUAUCCAAUGGCAAGGAUCUAGCCGUGAAGCACAUUUGGAAUUCCCUUGAAGGAAAGCAGAAAUACUUUGGCAGCGGAACCCCGAUGCUGCCAAAGAGCGGAGGUGGGCGGAGAAAGUCACUUGAAUUCGAUGCUGAAGUUCAAACUUUAAGCUCAAUUCGCCACGUAAACGUGGUUAAGCUUUAUUGUAGUAUUUCGAGCGAAGACUCGAACUUGUUAGUAUACGAGUUUCUCCCCAAUGGGAGUUUGUGGGAUCGACUUCACAUGUCACAAAAGAUAUCCCUUGAUUGGGAGACUAGGCACGAGAUCGCUCUAGGUGCGGCAAAAGGGUUGGAAUAUCUUCAUCACAGCUGCGAUCGGCCUAUCAUUCAUCGAGACGUGAAAUCUAGCAAUAUUUUGUUAGACGAGUUCCUAAAGCCCAGGAUCGCUGAUUUCGGACUCGCCAAGAUCGUGAACCCAAACGCAGGUCAAGACUCAACCCAGGUCAUUGCAGGAACCCAUGGCUACAUCGCCCCGGAAUACGGAUAUACAUACAAGGUUAGCGAGAAAAGCGACGUGUACAGUUUCGGGGUAGUGUUGAUUGAACUAGUGACGGGUAAGAAGCCAAUCGAUCCAGAGUACGGUGACAAUAAGGACAUCGUCGACUGGGUGUGUAGUAAAGUGAAGACAAGGGAAACCGUGUUGAGCAUUGUGGACUCGAGUAUUCAAGGUUAUCAUCGAGAAGAAGCCCUAGAUGUUCUUCGAAUCGCGAUUCUGUGUACAGCAAGGCUACCUUCGUCGAGACCAUCAAUGAGAAGAGUGGUCCAGCUGUUAGAAGAGGCCGAGCCAAAUACCAAAUUCGUGAGCAUCAUGGUAAACAAAGACUAAGGGAUACACUAUCGUCGCUACCAUCUUUUAGAAAGUUUAAAAUAUGGGUAGUUAGCGAGACUUUGUUACCUAGUACAUUGGCUUAUGUUAUGUUUAAUAAACUAGUUCAAUAAUGAAAAACCAACCAUACAUGAAUGCAGAAUACAAGAAUAGAAAUGGUAAAAACUAAAAAGACAUAAAGAGAUGAAUUGUACUUAUGUUUUAUUAGGCGCGUUUUAAGUCAGCCGGCUUGUGUG